AUAAUGUGUACUGUGCCUUUAAAAAUACUCUCUCGCUGUUCCCGGGCUUUCUCGCGGUUUUUCAAUGCUUGGCAACGUGCAAACUGUGUGGUUACAUCAACCAAUGAAAUUACCGCCAGCUAUAGAGCGCAACCAAUCAGAGCCCAGAGUUUCGGUGCACGUUUGAAAUCGCUGGUUUGUAUCUUUUGGUUUCUCAACACAAACAAGAAACAAUAACGCGUUAAACGCUUAAACACGAAUCAAACUACACCGGACACCUGAAGCGAACCCCAGCAUUUAACGUUAGAGCUGCUGUGGUAAUUAUGCCAUCCAGAACUGAAGACUAUGAGGUGAUGCUCACUAUAGGAUGUGGAUCUUAUGGAAAAUGCCAGAAAAUAAAGAGGAAAUCGGAUGGAAAAAUUCUGGUGUGGAAGGUUCUGGAUUAUGGCACCAUGGCUGAGGCAGAGAAACAGAUGCUGGUGUCAGAGGUCAAUCUGCUCCGUGAGCUAAAGCACCCAAAUAUUGUCCGAUACUAUGACCGAAUUAUAGACCGGACGAACACAACACUAUAUAUAGUGAUGGAGUACUGUGAGGGUGGAGAUCUCGCCAGCCUCAUCAACAGAUGCAUCAAAGAGAGACGUUACCUUGAGGAAGAAUUCAUCCUGCGAGUUUUGGCACAGUUGUCCCUGGCAUUAAAAGAGUGUCACGGUAGAAAAGACGGCAGCAGUACAGUUCUGCAUCGUGACCUGAAACCUGCAAACAUCUUUUUGGAUGCAAAACAGAACGUGAAGCUUGGCGACUUUGGGUUAGCACGAAUUCUCAACCACGACACAAGUUUUGCUAAAACAUUUGUAGGGACUCCAUAUUACAUGUCACCAGAACAGAUUAAUCGCAUGUCCUACAAUGAAAAAUCAGAUAUAUGGUCUUUAGGAUGUUUACUCUAUGAACUAUGUGCUUUAUCUCCCCCAUUCACAGCAUACAACCAGACCGAGCUUGCUGGAAAAAUCAGAGAAGGGAAGUUUCGAAGAAUCCCAUAUCGAUACUCUGAGAAUCUAAACACACUUCUGUCAAAAAUGCUUAACUUAAAGGACUAUCUGAGGCCUUCAGUGGAGUCCAUCCUACAGAACAGCUUGAUCUCCGGUCACGUGGCUCAAGAGCAGAGAAGACUUCAGGAGAAGCAGCGACGCAGGUCAGCAGACGCGGAGCAGCCCGGGCAGAUGGAGGCGGGACUUCGGAUAAAGGAACAGGUUCUGCGCGAACGUGAGCAGGCCCUCAAAGAGCGAGAGCAGCGACUGGAGCAAAGGGAACAGGAGCUGUGUAUAAGAGAACAGCAAUCAAAUGAAAAGCUGGCAAGAGCUGAGAGCUUGUUGAAAGCCUAUAACCUGAUUCGUCAGCAGAGGGCGCCAUCUGUACUCAUUUCCAGUGAUACGGAGAAUGAAGAAAACAUCUCCCCAGGAAAGAAGCGGGUCCACUUUGCAGGUGAUGGCAAGGAGAACAGCAAACCCGAGAGGACUGCCAAAUCUCAAGAAGAGUGUUAUGCGAAUCAAUUGGCUAACAAGCGAAUCCAGGCUUUUGGUGAAGAGGAACAGCUGUACCCGACAAAACCCAGAGAAAUGCAGGGCAUUCGCUAACACCAUAAAAUGAACAUGUGAUUUUCUACUGAAAAUAUCGCGUGGCCAAUCAAGUGCAGAGACUUUUUAGCAAUGUACAUUAGGAUGCAAGAUUGCUGCUGUUAUUUAUUUUGUACAGUGGAGUUCAAAAAAGUCUUUAUUUUAGAUGUCUUUUAAUAUGUUAGGAGAUGGAUGAUUGUAUUAAGUAAUAAUGUACUAUAUUAGUUUACAUUUUAAAGUGUUUUACGUGGAAUAUCUGUCUCCUUGCAAUAAAGAGUUGAUCGUUUUA